GUCGAUACAGUAUUGAUGAAUCAGGUAGGUCCUCGUUCAAGGCCCAGGUGCCGAACUCACCUUUGCAUGGGAGUACUCAUUGUGACUAUUUAAUCAUUAUCAUGUAGAAGUCACACAGAAUAUUCAUUUGAGGUCAGUACAUUUUUGGAGUUCGCUGAUGGUUGUUGCGCAUAUCCCAUCGCUGGCCUGUCGUUGCGCGCACGUGCCACUAGGCGGCGUCUCUUAGUGGUGCUCGGCAUCCAGUGGGUCAUCUCAAGAUUCCUCAGCGUUGGUGUGGCUUCAGCAUCCACGCGCAGCUCUCCCGCAAUUUCCCGCCCGGUGAGUGCCUCGUUGCAUCUUGUGCUGGUCUGCACUGUUGAAGGGGACUUCUGGUGACGAACAUGGAAUAACGGACAUCAUCUGAACGAGACGACACUUUGGACCAGGCGCAAAUGGAUGAAGCAAAUGAGAAACCAGAAGAUGUCAUCUCCAUGGCCGAUUCCUCAAUCGCACUCGAGGACAUCGAAGGGGAGCUGUUCAAAAUUGAGCGACUACGAAACGUCCUCGUGCGGCGAGAGUCGGAGUUGAGAUACAUGAUGGAAGACUUUCAGUUGUGUAAUGAAAUCACAAGGCUGAAGAGAGAGCUGCAGAAACUGGUUUCAGUCCCAGAUCGAGACAAGUCCAAGGAGGAUCGGAUGAGGGAGGAGGAGCUGCUGCAGCAGAUCGGCAAGCUGGUGGAGACCAGAGACUUCCUUGUAGAUGAUGUGGAAUUUGAGCGGCUCAGAGAGAGAGAAGAAGACCGAGAAAUGGCAGCCUUCUUGCAGCCCGAGCUCCACAACACUCCAGGGACCAAAGGCGCUCUGCAAGACCAGAAGGUGAUGUCCAAAGCUCCACGCGCGCCAGCACCCUUUAUCUCGAAAAGUGGACUCGCGCUACUGAAAGACUGCUGCGGCGUCACGUGCGCCAUCAUGUAACGCAUCUCGCGCAUGCCUUCGCUUCAUUGCGCCUUGUAUGCAUUUGGAAGUGAUGGAAAAUUCUUGGGAGCGAGCAUACGUCCUCAAAGUAGAAAGACGUUUGGUGUACAUGCUACCCUAAUGUUGCAUGAAAAGAUCUUUGGACCUUCAAGCCUUUGUACGAUCCUAAUUGUCCCAUUUGUAAUGUGAUCUCAUUAAGUGACCCACAGGAGGGAACCGUAAUGAAGUCUUUUCGUAAUACGGUGGCUGUUUGGCAGGGCAAUUACCGCCACUCUUAUUAUCAAGCUUAAGGCUGUGUGUGACUCCUUACUUUCAUUUUUUUGGAUUUCCUAACGGUACUGCAGUAACACAGAGUGAGUAUCAAAAAAGAGUUUGUGUUGUGCAGAAAAUAAAGAUCGGCGUUUGUUUCAAGUACAUUCAAA